AUGGCCACCGCAGAAUACAUCGGAGCGCUCAUCUCGCUCAUCUCAAAGUCCGACAUCCGCUACCAAGGCCUUCUCGCCUCCAUCAAUCCAGGUGAUGCGACCAUCGCACUGCAGAACGUCCGAUCAUGGGGCACGGAAGGCCGAGUAGCCGCGCAAGGUCGCCAGCAGGAGGAGAUUCCACCCAGCGACCAUGUCUACGACUACAUCAUGUUCCGCGCCGCCGACGUCAAGGAUCUCAAGAUCGACGAUCCCAAUCCACCCAAGCAGCAACAAGCUCCUCCUCAGCCUGCCCUCAAUGAUCCUGCCAUCCUCAACUCUUCAGCACAAGGUCCUGGCGGAUACGGACCUCCUGCAGGCAUGUACGGCAACACGCCCACACCUCCCUUCGGUGCGGUUCCCUUCCCUGGUGCGCCUGGCUUCGGACCACCUCCACCGCAGUUCAACGGCGGACCUGGCGCUCCUCCGCAGCACUCGCCCGCACCGCCUUCACAGAACAAAGCGGCACCAGCACCCGCCGCCAAGCCUGCAUCAACCCCGGCCGAGCAGCCACCAGCCUCGUCCGCCACGAACGAACAGUCGAGCGCCGACAAGGUUCUGGAAGAAAUGUCCAGACUGAGCGUCUCCAAGUCUGCGCAACCCGCAUCUUCACCCGCCCUCCCGGCUGGGCCACACGGCCUUCCGGCGAUUCCACACGCCGCCGCUGCGGCCGCCAAAGCUGCUGCGCACACCGAGCGUCGGACUGGCAGCGGUGCUGGUGGAGCAGCUGGUGGCUCCCGCGGUCACACCAACCGACGUGGUAACGAUGUGAGCGGCCCAAGCAUGCCCAACCGGGAAUUCGACUUUGAAUCGGCCAACGCCAAGUUUCAGAAGCGCAAGGAGGACGAGCCCGCCGAAGCUGUCGCUCCAACCAACGGCGGCUUGCUGGACUCCAUCCCUCCACCAUCGAGUGAAAGCCCGGGGAGCUUCUACGACAAGAAAUCCGGCUUCUUCGACAACAUCUCGAGCGAAGUCAAGGAGCGGUAUGAGGGUGCCAACAGGGAGGAGAAUGUGGGCGGGAAUGGGUUCUUUGAUGUUCCGGGUGGGAGGGGGAGGGGUGGACGGGGUGGUGGUGGCAGGGGCAGGGGGAGGGCGAAUAGGCAGGCCGAGGAGAUGAAGAACAUGCAGACGUUUGGCGAUUCUGGUGCGAAUGUGGGUGGUGGUGGGAGGGGUGGUAGGGGGAGGGGGAGGGGUGGAAGAGGUGGACGGGGAAGGGGCGGUCCGAGAGGUGGAGGACAGGGUGGUGGGGCAAAUGGGUUCGCUAAUACGGGGCCGAUGAGGAUGAGUUGA